AUGGCUGCGGGAGAUGGAGCUGUUUAUUGCACGCUCUUAAUGAGCGACAAUUACCUCCCGGGUGCGGCCGUUCUCGCUCAUUCCUUGCGCGACAACGGGACAAAGGCGAAGUUGGUUGCUCUUUAUACGCCGGAAACUCUGCAGCCCGCGACAAUUGCUGAGCUCCAGAGUGUUUACGAUGAAAUCAUACCGGUUAACCGGAUCACGAACGCAAUGCCUGCCAAUCUCUGGCUUAUGGACCGGCCGGACUUGAUAUCGACAUUUACGAAAAUUCAACUAUGGCGCCAAACACAGUUCAAGCGCAUUGUCUAUAUCGACUGCGACGUGGUGGCCGUACGCGCACCGGAUGAGCUUCUGUCCCUGGACGUAGAUUUCGCUGCCGCGCCGGAUGUUGGCUGGCCGGAUAUUUUCAACAGCGGAGUGAUGGUCCUCCGACCCAACAUGCAGGAUUAUUACUCCCUUAUCGCGCUAGCUGAGAGGGGGAUCAGCUUCGACGGUGCGGAUCAGGGUCUGUUUAAUAUGCAUUUCAGGAACUGGCAUAGGUUGAGUUUUACGUACAACUGUACUCCUAGCGCCAACUAUCAGUACAUUCCGGCAUACAAGCACUUUCAGAGCACGAUCAGCUUGCUUCAUUUUAUAGGGGCCCAGAAACCGUGGAAUCUCCCGAGACAGGUGCUACCGCGGGAGGCGCCUUAUAACCAGCUAUUGGGGAGGUGGUGGGCUACAUAUGACAGGCACUAUCGUCCAGAGGUUACUUCAUAUGAACCCGGGUACAGUCAGGCCCUGCCGCAGACUAACCCGCGCCAUGGUAUUCCCGAGACGGUGAAGACCGUGGAUACCCCGUCGGCCCUCUCUACUCGAUCAGCCCAGAUCUACCAACCUGCUCCUGUGCGACCCGUGAAAGUGGCUUGGAAGGAGACUGGCCAGACGACUGGUUCUACCCAGCAGCGUCAUUAUGGGGGUCAUUUCCACGUUCAUCAACCGCCAGCACAAGUAAUAGAAGACGCCUCGGCCAAUGCCCCACAAGUCGUGCCUAGUAACCCGCCCCAAUACCAGGUGCAAGAGCAAGCCCGGAUUGCGAGUGCUGUACCGCAAUAUGUGCGUGGAGAAGAGCAUGUAUCUGCGUAUAUCCAACCUUCACAUGAACCACAGCAACACGCUUGGCAACCUCAUCGUGAGGAGCCGUGGCAUGAGCAGCAAGCGGAGCCAGCACCUGCGGUCGUGCAUCAGCCUCCCCCGCAAAAGACCCAGUCUCCAGAACCUCCAAAGGAGAGGCCCUUUUCGCCGCCCAAGGCGGAAUGGGACGCAUCGCGAGAGCCUCCUCCGCAGAAUUCAAGGCCAGAGGCGAUGGCGCUACAAACCCAGACAUACACUAUGUCUAAAGACACGAAGCUUUUCCGGCCUCCAGGAGCGUAUCCUGAAGCCCCGAAAGAUAUGUGGUAUAAAGUGCCCGAAACAAAACCUGAGCCGUCAAAUAUCACCCCAAUAUUCCCUUGGGAAACCAGAGCACCUAAACCGACACGAGUUUUCCCGGAUGAAGUAUCUGAGACAUCGGAGUUUCAAUCUUCUACUCGUCCCAGGUCUCCUUCCUUGGUCACUGACGCGAGCGGGCCUUCAACAGAAACGCCGUCCACGCCCCCCUACUCGCAGGAACCCUCGGACCCAUGGACCACUUACACAAGGUCCAAUGCAUGGGACGAGGUCCCAGAAAUAUCCAAAUACAUUGAAUCGAUACAACAAUCCAGAAAAGCCAAGACGCAAGUGAUUCCUGGGACUGACAACGUCUCCUCGCCCUCCAAAGGAGCUGAGGACCGGAAAGGCAGCCUGAGGAUUACCGACUUCCCUUCGGAGGUUGAGCGUCCUAGUCUCCCCGUCACGCCGGCGCCAGUCAGGCCAGCAACCUUCUGGGGCCGAGACGUAGGGGAGACGGGUACAGAACUUCCAGCUGCUAAGGGAGUGCCCCGGCAGGAGGAAUGGAAUCCGAUGGCACGGCUCGAAGAGCUCCGACGCCGUCAGUCAGAGCUACUCGAACAUCCCGAUUCACUCCUUGAGAAAGUUGCCCAAUUCAGGGAGGCUCACUCGGAGUAG